CCGACAUGUAAACAGCAAGAUGGGUCAUUUGACCUGUGUUUUCCUGUACAUAUUAUUAUUAUUUGUUAAACAGCCACGCAAAAAAGGGAUAUGCGGAAUUAUCACACUAUAUUUUCUUGUCUUAGCCCCAGUGGCUGCUUCAUCUGAUAGAAUUGCUGGUGUCGAGUUUCGUGAAGCGGACAAAUUUGGUAGUGUGCAUUCGAAGCGACAGCAUCUGCAAACAGAUGUGUCAAGUUUGACAGCUCAUGCAAAAGGCUGGCUGGCCGGAGUUGGUAGCGCUAAACAUGCCGAAGGGAAGAUACAUUGGAUGGCCUCAGACUGUGGUCAUGAUGAUCAGAAGGGUUUCGCACGGCUGCCGAAGGACUGGGUUGGAGUUCUUUAUUUUGCCGAGGAUCUCAGUGGAGAUCUCACAGAUAACGGGACUUCGGCUGACUGUCCACAAGUCAUAGACAGAGUGAAGAAUGCCAUUAUGUUUGGGGCAUCUGCAUUAAUUAUUCUUACUUUGAACCCAAGAAUUUUUAAAGAGCUUGAUAUUUCACAGUUGUUUGCCCAGCCCAUUGUGAUAAUUACCGACUCUGGAAACGUCACUGCGCUACUGUCUAUACUCAUGAGCAACAUCAAAUUGAAGGCUAAGGUGGUUGUAAACAUAACACAACGGGAACUAGUGAAGUUUCCUACAUUAACAAUGUGGGCGACAUGCGGUAGACCCAGUGGUCGAAGCACUUACAGCGAAUUUGAAGGAAUUGUUUGUCUGGGCAAAGAUGAACAAAGCAAAGAGGGAAAGGCGGACCCUGGGUUAUUCUGGAAUUUCUUCUAUACAUGUGUUUGCUUGCUGAUGAUGCUGUUGGUUCUCAAGUCACACGGGAGGGAAGGCGAGUGGGACACAGCUGACCAGGAACUUGAGGCUUCCCUGCGUCAGCUAGCUCACCGAGCCUUGCGGAUGAUGGAGACGUGCAGGUACCAUGCCCACGCUAACACUGGACACGAUACCUGCGCCAUCUGUCUCGAAAAGUUCUUCCUCAAACAGAGGCUGCGAGUUCUGCCAUGCCAGCACCAGUUCCACACCAGGUGUGUUGACAAGUGGCUCCUCAGCAACCGAACCUGUCCUCUGUGCAAGCUCAACAUCAUUGAACAACUACAAAAGGAAGAAAAUAUGUAAAUACCAACCUGUGCCAUAUAGUUAGAGAAGCUGUGAUGAAGAAGAGAUUGACCUAAACAUAAAUACACAGAGGAAACCUUAUCCAUUGUAGAUAAGCAGCCACGAUAGGGAGCAUCAAGCAGUACUGUGAAAUACGGGUCGAUAUGUACUAUGUUAGAUGAUAACCUUUUAAAGAGGGCAUUGUAAUACUAGAGGCUAGUUGAGCUGGUUGAGAAGGUAAAAUGUACAGUCUACUCCACAUAGAGCUGAAGAUGCUUGUACAGUGUCACCAUGCAUUUCUCGUCCACUGAUAUCACCAUGCAUUUCUCGUCCACUAAUAUCACCAUGCAUUUCGUCCAAUCUGGUAUCUGUCUAUAAUGACCGUCCAACAAUUAUGUAAUGUUUAUGGGUAGACCAGGUGUCAUGGGAUGUAUACAAAACAUGGGAGGGGGUAAGGGGUGCGGCAGAAAAGUAUUUUUCAAGAGUAUGUUUUUAAAAGAGGUUUUUUUGGAGUGAGAGGGGUGUCUUUUUGUUUUAGUUUUUUUUUUAAUCUGUAAGCAAAAUGUAACUAGUUUUAGCUAGUUUAAAUUGUUGUAUUAUAGAUGAUAUACUUUUAAUAAUAUAAUAUAAUCUCACUCUCCCCUCCCCACCUCCCCCCCCCCCCAUCAAACAAAUUCACUAAUAAAGGUCAUAUUAUUUUGUAGUUGCACUGAAGUGGGUAUUAAAAACAGCAGUCUUUUGUAAUUUUGCAGGGUUGAGAGGUUUUAGCAUUACAAAACUACUUCCGAGUGUGUGUGAAAAAAUAGCAUUAUAUAAUUGUUGAAUGGCUGCCAUUUUUUUUUUUCUUCUGAACUAGGCUGUUCUCAAACUAACACUAAAACCAGGAUUGUUCUGAUAAAACAAAAAGAAGGAAAAACUGUAUACAAACCUUUUGUGAUAUAGAUGUAAUUGUAUCUUGUAUUAGCUUAAUGAUGAAAACGUUGCAUUUACUCCAAUCAUCAAAAAGUAGGAGCCUACAGUCAGUAGAGAAAUAUAGUCAAAACAAAAAUGAACAAACCAUAGUCCCAAAAAUGCAUGAAGAAAACGCAGAUCUCUUUUAAAAGCUGUCAGUUGUGUGUUACUACUAUUUUUGUUAAUCUACUAUUAUUAUUAUUAUUAUUAUUAUUAUUAACAUCAUUACAAGUAAACAGGGUAUAGUAUAUUAUGUUACAGGAUUAGACAAAUUUACUUUGCUGUGUAAUAAAAUGCAAUAAGCAGGUGCCAGUCUAGACUGUUUAAUAUAGCAUAUACACAUGUGUAUUUAUUCUAGACCUCACCCUUUUGAAAAUGCCUUAGUUGUUAUGUCAAUGCCUUAGUUGUUAUGUCAGUGCCUUAGUUGUUAUGUUUUUGUUUUGUUCUGUUUAUUUAUUUCUGAGCCUAAUUGUAUUUGUGUAUGAUUUUAAUAGACUUGAACCAUGUUGCCUUAUAAAAGCCCUUUCAUUUAA